CGUACGAAAAUGUCUUCGGUGGGUUCCUCACCUGUUAGCACGGAGAACUAUUGUGUCCCUGAACUGGUGCAUGAUUAUGAGGUGGUUGUACGGGCGGGCCGUGACCUGGCAUUCGUUGGUGAUUUCCGGACUGUCCUGAACCUGAAAGCCCUGGAGGAGGGCACCACUAGCUGGGUGUCUUCUCACUUGCCUGGAAUCCAGCAGAACAUCCAGCCCCACAUGAGGAGGACACUGGUCACCUGGAUGUUCCAAGUAUGUGAGGAGCAGAAAUGUGAGGAGGAGGUGUUCCCGCUGGCAGUCCACUACUUGGACUCUUACCUGAGCCGCCAUGUUGUGCAAGAUUCCAAGAUGCAGCUUUUAGGUGUUGUCACCAUGUUGCUGGCCUCCAAGAUGAGAGAGAUUGUUCCUCUGACAGCAAGCAAGCUCUGCAUCUACACAAACUUCUCAAUUUCACUGCCAGGCAUCCUGCAGUUGGAAGUGUCAGUGUUGUCCAGGUUAGGCUGGUGUCUGGCCGCCGUGCUCCCUUCUGACUUCCUGGAGCCGAUUCUUCAUGCGCUCUCCUUUCUCAGGGCCGAGCACCUUCCCAACGUGCGCCGACAUGUCCACUCCUACGUCGCACUGGCAGCCAUCGAGUUGAAGUGUUCUGACUUUUUGCCCUCCACCCUUGCCUGUGCCUGUGUGAGCACUGCAACACAGGAGCUCAAAUUGGUGGACUCCCCUGAUUACCUGCUCAAGUUUCUGGCCAAUUUCCUGGUCAUUGAUCUGGACUCCAUCCUCCUCUGCUACAGCCAGCUUCAGAGUGCACUGGAGUUCAUCCUGCCUUCCCCUUUCCAAGCUGCUGUUUGCAGAUCAGAGGUCAGUGACGCCAGUGAUAGCCAGGUGGAAACCCCCUCCCUGCCAUGACAUGAAAGUGCGAAUAUAGCAGGCCUGAAUGUCUUUUUGCUCACACAAUACUUAAUUCAGAGUGUAGUGAUAUCACUAAAAUGGGUUGCGACAGUACAAAGAUGUGAUGCAAUGUUUUUCAUUUUCUAAUGGCCAUCCUGUUGCAGAUUGUUUUUAGGUAUUUUCAAAGUUAUUGCAGAAGCUUUCAAACACUAAUUAAUUGUUGCACAUUUUCAUUUGUAUGCCUUUUUUGUUAUGAGACACUAUAUUGGACACAAAGCUUACAGACAGAAAGCUUACAUCUUAGUUUUAAAUGUGAUGUUUUAUAUUGC